AUCAGCGUGUGCGCAACACAGAGCACAGAAAACCAGCCACAGCAGAUCUGUUGUCCGGUUCACCAGCCGAGGCCCAGGGUCGCUUUUCGGUCGGUGUGACUGACAUUAACCUGCACCUGUCUUUCCCCAGAGAUAAACAUCAUUUCGCAGAGCUCUGGCAGCCAUGGCAGAAACGGAGUUACAAACCUUUACCUCUAUCAUGGAUGCUUUGGUUCGCAUUAGUUCUAACAUGAAAAGUAUGGAAAAGGAGUUGCGGUGCCCGGUAUGUGAUGAGAUGGUGAAGCAGCCCAUCCUUUUGCCAUGCCAGCACAGUGUGUGUCUGCUGUGUGCGGCAGAGGUGUUGGUACAAAGAGGUUACCCUCCUCCAGACCUUCCUCCAGAGCCCAACUCACCGGCCUCAACACCCAACAACCGCUCCCCUCGACAAGGAAGAAGACCAACACCCAGAACCCCCGACCGCCUGGAACGAGUCCUCAGAACAGUGUGCGGCACGUACCCAGGGCGGAGGCGAAAAGAGGCAACCCUUCCCCCCAUGUUGUUCCCGUGUCCUUCCUGUCAGCAGGACGUGGAGCUCGGAGAGAAAGGCCUGACAGACUGCCUCCGCAACCUCACACUGGAGCGGAUUGUGGAGAGGUACAGGCACACAGUAAGUCUGGGCAGCAUAGCCAUCAUGUGUGGUUUCUGUAAGCCUCCUCAGUCUCUGGAGGCUACAAAGGGCUGCGCUGACUGUAAGUCCAACUUCUGCAAUGAAUGUUUCAAACUCUACCAUCCCUGGGGAACCCCCCGAGCUCAGCACGAACACAUUCUACCCACCAACAACUUUCGGCCAAAGGUCUUGGUGUGCACAGAGCAUGAGCAGGAGAGACUGCUGUGGUACUGCCGUAACUGCCAGAAGUUACUGUGCCCACUUUGUAAGCUCCGUCGUGUCCACCAUGGGCACAAAGUGUUGCCCAUAGCACAGGCUUACCAGGCCCUCAAGUCAAUUUUUCUUCUGGUCUUACAGGACAAAGUAACCAAGGAAGUCAACUUCAUUCUGGCCAACCAGGAGACAAUUCAGAGUCAAAUCACUCAACUGGAAGCUGCCAACAAACAGAUGGAGGCAAACAGCUCAGUGGCCCUGCAUCAGCUGACCCACUGUAUCAGAGAGCUGGGGGUGGUUAUUUCAGAGCGUCAGGGGUUUUUGGCUCUGGCCCUGGAGGGAUCCCGCUGCAGGAAGGGGGAAGCCCUGUCUUCCCAGGUGUCAGAGAGGAGAGGCCUGCUUGAGCAUGCGGGCCUGAUGGCUUACACACAGGAGCUGCUCAAGGAGACCGAUCAACCUUGCUUCGUACAGGCUGCCAGAGUCACUCACAGCAGGUUGGGGAAGGCCAUAGAAAACCUUCAAUGUUUUGCUCUCUCGGCUGAUCCCUCCUUCAGACACUUUCAUCUGGACACAACCAAAGAGGUCAAGCUUAUCCGUAGCUUGGAUUUCAUACAUGCCCCACUGGCUCCAGUCAUCGACACUCAGAAGACACUUGCUUAUGAUCAGCUGUUUUUGUGCUGGCGCCUCCCUCAGGACUCGGCCCCGGCUUGGCACUUCUCUGUCGAAUACCAGCGACGAGCUGGAGGAGCAGCAGCAACGUGGGGAGGCACCAGAUCCCCUAAUGCUGCAACAUCAUGGCUGCGUCUGGAUGAAGUGAGAGGGACCAAUGCUGUGGUUGAUCAACUGCAGAUGGACAGUGUGUAUGUGCUCAGGGUGAGAGGCUGCAACAAGGCCGGGUUUGGAGAGUACAGUGAAGAAGUUUACCUCCAUACUCCACCAGCACCUGUAUUGAGUUUCUCCUUGCACUCUCGCUGGGGGUUGCACGCUGACAGGCUGGCAUUAGGUAAAGGCCAAACGUAUGCCCGCAGUGUGCCAGGCCUCUCCCUUCUGCAGGCCGCAGACCGCACACUCACUUCUUGCCACUUGACUUCUGACCUGCUAGUGGGCGACUUGUCUGUCAAUCAAGGCAGACACUACUGGGCAUGCUCUGUGGAGCCUGGAUCCUACCUGGUUAAGGUAGGAGUCGGGCAGGAGGCUAAGCUACAAGAGUGGUUUCAUCUCCCUCAGGACAUGGCCAGCCCUCGCUGCGACCCAGACAGUGGCCAUGACAGUGGGGCAGAGGACGGCCAGGACUCUCCUCCCUUCUGCUUCCUCACAAUGGGAAUGGGCAAAAUCCUGCUUCCUCAAGGACACGGUCACACUCAUAGCCAGGGAGACAGCCAUAGCCUGGGGGGAGUUCACUCCCACAGUAGCAACCAUAAUAACCUGCCUCACCCUCAUACUGCUCCUCUGCCACCCCGACUGGGAGUGUGUCUGGACUGUGACAAAGGACGUGUCACUUUCUAUGAUGCCCACUCGUUGCGGAUUCUGUGGGAGGCACAUAUGGACUGUUCAGCUCCUGUGUGUCCAGCCUUCUGCUUCAUCGGUGGAGGAGCCCUGCAGCUGCAGGACCUGGUGGCAAAUCGAAGCAUCGAAGAUCCGCCACCACGCAGGGUAACUAUCCAAACACGUGCAACAAAUCUCAGCAAAUAAAUAGUAGUCAGGACAGUUUAUGUGCACAGUUCCCUCAGCAACCACAGUUUGUCUGAUGUCUGUAGAGCUAAAGGUGGUUCGUAUUCACCCCUUAAUGUGAGUUCCUAAUUGAUGCCUUGAGAUCUUUAUAUAAAUAUCAGAUUUUCUUUUGCUUUUGCACUUGGCCUGACUAUCAAGUCGGACGUUUGGCUCCUUGUUUUUCCCGCUUUUAUUAUUCGCAAUGCUCCUAUGGACUUUGAAGUGAUUGUAGACUAAGCAGAAUACUGUUGGCAGGGUGAGGUAAUCCCCUUUAAGAGGUUUAUCUGUUUGCAGAAUAAGAAAAUAAUCUGCCCUUUUUUAAACGUCUUCAUUUUUCCCAGAAAGACUGAAUAAAAAUGUUGCAUGCAAGUGUAACUAGGAUUCCUAACUGGCGUAUAUACAGAUAAAUGAAACCUCGUAAAAGCACCUCAGAUGUACUGUAUGUCUAAUUUUAUAUCUUGAUUGUUUUAUGUAGCCUCAACAAGUGUUAACAGUGUGUAUAUAAUCCAGAAUAAGAGAUUGUGAAUUUACUGCGGUAGUUAAAUUGUAAUGUUCUGGAGGCUCUCGUCACAAUGUCAGGUCUCACAGUCAGAAUAGUCCUAGGUUGUAUUUUAUGAAGCUGUUGUUUUGCAUUUCAAAAUGGAUAUGUGUGGCAUUUCAAUAAACACGCUCACAGUUGCCUCAAUGUUCUCAGAAGAGAUGCUAAAGUAACAAAAAGGUUCUGAAGAAUAAUGUUCUCAAAAUGCAGUCCGACUAAAUAACGUGAAUAGAUUUCAGUGUUUCAGAUUUUGACAGAAAGCCUACUGUACUUGUCCAGUAUUAAAGUGUGCUGUUUGCUUGAUAUGAUAUGAGAUGUGAUUUUAAUAGAAAUGGGUGGAUAAAGCCGGCUAAUGAAAGAGGUCUAUUUUAUGAGCUCUGAAUGACUUCAAAAUGUUUUUCUAUAGCUUUGUUUUUGCUACUGUAGUUGACAUUAGCUCAUUAUUACUUAUACUCAAGCUAAUAACAAAUUAUUUUUUGGAGAAUGUAAAAGCCCAGUUAUGUAUCCUUUCAGUGCAGGAGAUUGUCUUUAUUGUAAUAUUUUAAAAUCAACUGGCUUCGACUGUAUUUUCAUAAACAUUAUGAUUAUGUGGUGUGUCUGUGAACUCUGGCUGUGACUUUCAUGCUCUCUGCUGUGUGUAUGUGGGUCCUGUCUUGAAUGAUGUGUCUACACUGUACUUGUGUUACAGCACAGCACUUGAACGACUUUAGACUGUAGCAUCCCAUAAAUCAGAAUCUCUUCAUUUAGAUCAAGCCCUGGCUGGCCGAAUGUUUCUAUCAUAUCAUGAGAAAAACAAUAAAUGACUGAAAUGACCUGUCUUUUAUACAGUAGCAAUCUUCUCUUUUCUAAUUAAUAUCACUCAAAAGUCAUUUUCCAUGACACAGUUCCGAUAGAAACCUUCAAUUUACUUAAUAACUUCCUGUUUUGUAAUUUUGACAGGCUUAUAAUUUGAUUCACAAAGUACUUUCUUGGUUUUGAAUGUUUUAUUUAUAUCAUCACCUGUCACAUUUUCCUUCCCUACAGCCAAAAUGAUAAACAUGUUUCUGGUCAAUGUAACAGUUUAAUUGCCACAAGCUAUGAAGUUGUCAGAUUUGUAUUGACCGUAAACAGCAUGAACUGUAGAACAGAUGAAUGAAAACAGACUCUCCUUAUUUAAAUGUCAUGGAAAACUGUGUGGGCAUGCCUGCGUGUAAGAGCAAGCGUGCCCCUAAUCACUCAAGUGUGCCAGAUCUGCAUGAACAGGUUAAGUGGAUCUUUUGUGCCACAGGGUUUAAAUUUAAUCAACCUAUUUUGUACAAGGCCAAGAAAAGCCUCAGGACACAUGAUACAGAACGACAGCAACAAGAAGGUAGGUGAGCCAGUUAGACUGGUAGAAGAACAUUGUAAAAACAGGCCUUUUUCACCCAGACAGAGUGACACAUCGCAACAGGGUGAAAGAGUUCAGUAUAGGGAUUGUGAAACAGCACAAUGGUUGUAUUGUGCGUUUUGUUUUUGUCUUCUAACAUCCGUAGAGAGCUGUUGCAGUCACAUUAGUGUUGGAACUCUGGAAGAAUAAACGUUCUGCUAUAAUAAACAUUAACCAUUAGGGGGCGACCUUGUUUGUGAUUUGUCGGUUUCCCGUGUUUUGUGUGGAAAAAGGUUAGUCAGCAACAGGUGGAUCACGCAUGAUGUGUCAACACCGACUUGUCAGGUCACAAAUCUGUGAUGACAGGUCAGAUAUAAGUUAAGACACUCAGCUUCUGUUUGGUCCCUCUGUGCUAAUCCUUGCUAUUCAUUUUGUCCCACAUGGAUGAAUAUCUCUCUCACUCCCCUCGUUCGUCUUACCUAUUUACUUGUCACUGACAAUGUAAGCUAUAUCACUCAGCAUUAAUUUCUAUGUUCACAUGCUUCUGUUCAUUGUCAUCUGUAUAUUGACUAAAUUAACUUGGAGAGGGUCUAUAUUGCAUUUACAGUGCACGUGAAAACAUUGACAUUAGACCAUAGAACAUCCUACAGAACACAAACCUAUUAACUCCAUAUUGGACCCUGCUUUUACUCUUAACAGUCAAACCCCAAGAUUUGCCAUUGAAUAUGAAACAUUUGUUUUCUCUCUCUAUUCCUAAAUCCAACUCUUCAGGGUUUUGUUGGUUGCAUAAUUACUUAGCUACAGCUCAGUUUAGUUUACACUUGUUUUCCUGAUAAGACUCCUCCCUACAAAAGUGAAGCCAGUGUUUGCACGCAAGUGUGUUGAUUUCAGAUUCACCUAAAAAUGAAUUAUGUUGUGUAAAGCCUUUGUUCUUGUGAGAUGAUUCAAUG